CCUGCACCCCCAGAGCUGUGGGGUAUGGAGAAGCCUCAGCAGCUCUGCUGUGCUUCAGCAGGGGCGAGCCCAGGCAGAGAAGCCAAAGGCCGAGGGGGUCUUCCAGGUGACGAUGCUCCCUGGGGACGGGGUGGGCCCGGAGCUCAUGCACUCGGUCAAGGAAGUCUUUAAGGCAGCUUCUGUCCCUGUGGAGUUUGAAGAGCACCACCUGAGCGAGGUGCAGAACAUGGCUUCGGAGGAGAAGCUGGAUGAGUUUCUCAACUCCAUGAAGAAGAGCAAAGUGGCCCUAAUAGGAAAGAUCCACACCCCCAUGGAGUACAAAGGGGAACUUGCCUCAUAUGACAUGAGGCUCAGGCGUAAACUCGACCUCUUUGCCAAUGUAGUGCAUGUGAGCAGCCUGCCUGGCUAUAAAACGCGGCACAAUAAUCUGGACCUGGUGAUCAUCCGAGAGCAGACCGAGGGGGAGUACAGCUCCCUGGAGCACGAGAGCGUAAAGGGGGUCAUUGAGUGCCUGAAGAUCAUCACCCGGGCCAAGUCACAGCGCAUCGCCAAGUUUGCUUUUGAUUACGCCACCAAGAAGGGCCGUUCCAAGGUCACGGCUGUGCACAAAGCCAACAUAAUGAAGCUGUCCGACGGGCUCUUCCUGCGUUGCUGCAAAGAGGUGGCCGAAUUGUACCCCAAGAUCCAGUUUGACACCAUAAUCAUCGACAACUGCUGCAUGCAGCUGGUGCAGAAUCCCUACCAGUUUGACGUUCUGGUCAUGCCCAACUUGUAUGGGAACAUCAUAGACAAUCUGGCAGCUGGCCUAGUGGGUGGGGCCGGGGUGGUCCCUGGAGAGAGCUACAGUGCCGAGUAUGCCGUCUUUGAGAUGGGUGCCCGGCACCCCUUUGCCCAGGCUGUGGGGAGGAAUAUCGCCAACCCCACCGCCAUGUUGCUGUCUUCUGCCAACAUGCUGCGCCACCUCAACUUGGAGCAUCACUCGGCCCUGAUCUCGGAGGCGGUGAGGAGAGUGAUCAAGGCCGGCAAGGUGCGGACGCCAGACAUGGGCGGCUAUGCCACCUCCCAUGACUUCACCCAGGCUGUGAUCACUGCCCUCGGCGAGUAG